GUCCUGGCGUUGGUCACGAGCGCCGCCUCUCAAACACCAGCGUUUCCGUGUUCUCUUGAAGCCACAGUAACGACUUAACGCUACCUUUCUUUGUCGAGCUGAGAAAACGUUGAAGAAACACGAUGAGUACUGAAAAAUACCCCAGGUCUUCAAUAGAAGACGACUUUAACUAUGGCACGAAUGUCGCCACAGCCAGUAUCCAGAUACGUAUGGACUUCCUUAGGAAGGUGUACACCCUGCUGAGCGUGCAGAUCAUCCUGACCACAGCCACCUCUGCCCUCUUCAUGUUCUCUCAAACCAUCAAGGAGUUUGUCCACACCAGUCCUGCUGUGGUGUUGGUUUCAGCUCUGGGCUCUCUGGUGGUUCUGGUGGCCCUGGCUGUGUACAGACACCAGCAUCCAGUCAACCUCUACCUGCUGCUCGUAUUUACUCUGCUGGAAGCAAUUUCUGUGGCCACAGCUUUGACCUUCUAUGAAUACUCCACUGUACUGCAAGCCUUGUUCCUGACCUGCGCUGUGUUUGCUGGACUCACAAUCUACACCUUCCAGUCCAAGAGAGACUUCAGCAAAUUGGGAGCAGGACUGUUCGCCUGCCUGUGGAUCCUCCUCAUUGCAAGCUGCAUGAGGGUAAGUGACAUAAAAGUGUCUAUUUCAUGUGAGAGUAACAGAUCCAUGAGCCUGAGGCCUUAUCAGACACCGAAGCACUGCACAGUAAGAGAAAGGGUUUACAACUCUGGAAAGUUGUCACUUUUUAUCCUCCAUCUUGUUUAUCCAGCUGAAAUCAUGGUAAUGUACUAGGAGAGCCACAUCAUGAAGCCAGAUCCCUCUGUGUCAUUACUCCAGAGCAUCAAUCAAAAGGGCCUCAUUGAAAUGAAUGUGGCGGGUGUGUGAUUUUUAUUUUUAAAGAAAGAAAUAUAUAAGCAAAUUGAGAGAAAACAGAAAGAAAAAGCUUCCGAAUGACAGACGCAUGGAAAAAUAGAGUACGACUCAAGCAACAGAAAGAGAAACGAAUAUGGAAAUAAAGAAACUGAUAAAAUCAAAAACAUAAUGUAAGAAAAGAAAAGCUGUACUGACAUGGAUUCAAGUUUUUUGAAGUGGGUUUUGUCUCUGUGGACUGUUAACAUCUAUCUAUCUACAGUUGUGUGAAAAAGUGUUUGCCCCUUCC